AUUAUUCUUAAAUUCAAAUAGUUUAACUUAAGUUAAAGAAUAUACCUCGUAACAAGACUUAUCUUAUAUUAAGCUCUAAUUUAUAUCUAAAAAUGCUGCGGUCCGUGUACCAAAGAGUCAAUGGAUUUAAGAAAUUUAUUCCAACUCGCCGGCUGCAGCAGACUCUUGUGGAAAGUCAGUCCAAACAAAUACCAUUACGACCUCCUCCUGCUGAACUAAAACAAAUAAGUAUUUCGAAAUCCGAUAAAACAGUUGGCAAAUGGUUUCUCGGAUGCGGCGGCAUGGUUUUCGUUGCUGUUGGGCUUGGCGGUGUAACCAGGCUAACAGAAUCAGGACUUUCAAUGGUCACUUGGAAAUUAAUGGGCGAACAUAUGCCGCGAAGUCAGGAAGAAUGGAUUAAAGAGUUUGAGAACUAUCAACAGUAUCCUGAAUUUAAACUAAAGAAUGCCAGCAUUACUUUGGAGGAGUUUAAAUUUAUCUAUAUGAUGGAAUACAUGCACAGAAUGUGGGGUCGUGCAAUUGGGGCAUUUUUCCUAAUCCCCGCCACAUACUUUUGGAAAAAAGGCUAUUUUUGUGCAAGAACGAAGAAGAUGGUACUCGUGUUGGGCACUUUAAUUGGCCUCCAAGGUUUAAUGGGCUGGUAUAUGGUGAAAUCUGGGUUGGAAGACAGAUUUAAUGAUCCAAAUGAUGUGCCGCGAGUAUCCCAGUAUCGGCUAGCUUCACAUUUGGCCGCCGCAUUCGUUCUAUAUUCGCUAUUUUUAUCUAACGGAUUGUCGAAACUGUUACCUUCCGGUACAUUUACUGUUUCUGCAGCAAAAAGGGUAUUUAAUAUUAAGCCCUUGUCACACUUAACGAAAGGUUUCGUAUUCUUAACAGCUAUCUCAGGGGCAUUUGUUGCUGGUCUAGAUGCGGGAUUAGUUUAUAACUCCUUUCCAAAAAUGGGUGAUAAUUGGGUACCGGACGAUAUCUUACAGUUUAAACCUGUACACAGAAAUAUAACAGAAAAUCCAUCGACAGUUCAGUUUAAUCAUCGUAUAUUGGGAAUUACAACAGUUUCCCUAAUAACAGCUUUAUAUCUGAUAACGAGAAGCCAGAAAUUACCCAAGCGUGCAAAGUGGGCGAUUAAUGCAGUUACAAUCAUGGCCUGGACGCAAGCCACCUUAGGCGUUACGACAUUACUUACCUAUGUACCCGUUCCUUUGGCUACAGCCCAUCAAUCUGGAUCAUUAUUACUACUCAGCUUUGCUGUGUGGCUCUCGCAUGAGCUGCGUUUUCUAAAAUAUGUACCAAAAUAAAUGCAAAUGUAUGUACAAAAAAUAAAUGUUAUCCUUAUAUACUCAAGGACAAUAAAUUAGGUGUGCAUUUUUAUUUUCAA